CACGAGGGCAAGUAGCGCACAGGAAUUUCCCAUCAAUUUUAUGUUGAAUGGAUUUCCCUCAAGAUGCUGAGGAUGCUGUUGGUGGAAAUUAAGCAGGAAGAUUAGCUUUAGCUGUGUGCAGCCACGUAACCAUGAAGAAUGAGGAGUCUGUCACUGAUGGACAUCAGGGGGUCAGCACAGGACGACCUUAUCCAGGGCCACAGACACACAGACCAGUGUCUCCAGUGCCCAGCUGUGUGUCCAUGAAGAGUGACUGGUCCAUGGAUCGGCCUCCCCAUUUCAGCAGUGGACCACCACAGCAUUAUCCAAAACCACAGACACACAGACCAGUGUCUCCAGUGCCCAGCUGUGUGUCCAUGAAGAGUGACUGGUCCAUGGAUCGGCCUCCCCAUUUCAGCAGUGGACUACCACAGCAUUAUCCAAAACCACAGACACACAGACCAGUGUCUCCAGUGCCCAGCUGUGUGUCCAUAAAGAGUGACUGGUCCAUGGAUCGGCCUCCCCAUUUCAGCAGUGGACCACCACAGCAUUAUCCAAAGUGA